CACGCUACCGCGUCGUGUUCGGAACAGUAGCGUAUAAAAUAGGCUCCGGUUUCCCAACGGCCCCUCCUACAUUUGUAUCCUCCUCUCUCUUUCUCGACGAAACCCCAUUUCUCUUCUCCCUCUGCUCCCAUAGAGAGAGAAGAGAACAGAGAGGAGACAGAAACAUAGAUAUUUUUGUUGUGUAUCUUUGAAGAAAGAGAAGAUCCAACGAUCAAUCCGAUCUCGAGCUAGGGUUUUUUCUAGAGGUGAGAGGGGAAAGAAAGAAAGAGUGGGCUAGGGUUUUGUUUUGCUCAAAAGAUGGGGCAACAGUCGUUGAUCUACAGUUUUGUGGCUCGCGGGACUGUGAUCUUAGCAGAGUUCACUGAAUUCACUGGUAAUUUCACCUCCAUUGCGUCACAGUGCCUGCAAAAGCUACCUGCAAGCAACAACAAGUUCACCUACAAUUGCGAUAACCAUACCUUUAAUUACCUUGUUUCUGAUGGAUUCACAUAUUGUGUUGUGGCGGUUGAGUCGGUCGGAAGGCAGGUCCCUAUGGCUUGUCUGGAGCGUAUCAAAGAAGAUUUCACUAAGAGAUAUGGAGGUGGCAAGGCAGCAACUGCUGGAGCCAAUAGCCUCAACAAAGAUUUUGGGUCAAAAUUGAAAGAGCAUAUGCAAUACUGUGUUGACCACCCAGAAGAGAUAAGCAAGCUCGCGAAAGUGAAGGCACAGGUUUCUGAAGUUAAAGGUGUUAUGAUGGAAAACAUUGAAAAGGUCCUGGAUAGAGGGGAGAAGAUUGAGAUUCUGGUCGAUAAGACAGACACUCUCAGAGAUCAGGCGAACAACUUUAGGACACACGGUACACAGAUGAGGAGGAAGAUGUGGUUGCAGAAUAUGAAGAUAAAGCUGAUUGUUUUGGGUAUUCUGAUUGCCUUGAUUCUCAUCAUCGUCUUGUCUAUUUGCCAUGGCUUCAACUGUGGCAGGAAGUGAGAGAGAGAGAGAGAGAGAGAGCUGCUGGGAGUGUUGUCUGUGUGUGAUGUGAGAGAGAGAUACUGGGAGUGGUCUGUGUGUGAUGAGAGAGAGAGAGAGAGAGAUACACUGGGAGUGUUGUUUGUGUGAUCAGAGAGAGAGAGAGAGAGAGUAGUAUUAUUAGAAGGUCGUAGUUAGGUUUUGUUUGCAUGGAUUUUCUUUAGUGGCGAAAAGGUAUAUACUGGCCGUAGAACUUGUAGGGCUUUUGUUGAAAAUUGUUUACACGAAUCAUAUAUUUUUUGGACUUGUUUGUUUGGGAAAAGUAUCUUCCAGAUUACGUUGCCUCUGGCAAUAUUCUUCAAAUAUUUCAAAUAUUCUGUGAAUAUUUGUGCUUGUUGGAAGAAUAUGUGUGCCUGAAUUCUUUUCGCCCAAUGUUUUACUAUUUUGGAAUUGUAGCUAUUUAAUUUGCAAUAUUUUGUCUCAUUCUUUGGAUAUUUGCUGUUCUUUCAAGAAA